CAGAUUAUAUCGAUAGUGAAUCGUCACAUUUGGUGACGCUUGUUACUCCUUCAGAUGAAUGUUACAUUGGCUCUCAUUGGUUCCUGCUCCCACGUCUCGGGAUUGGUACAACUUAAAGAGCUUGUAUAAAAGUCGACUCGAUUGCUAUUCCGGACCUAUGAAACAUAGACACUUUAAGUGGGAUAACUAUACCUGGAACUGAAUCAGGACUUACAAAAACGCCACAGACAUGUUGAGGACAUACUUAGUAAGCUGUACCUGUGCGGCAGUCCUUCUCGUUGCCUGUGUAACAGACGCUAGGUUUCUGGACGACGAUUUGGGUUCACGAUUUUUCAAGAGAUCCUGGUCGGAUCAAAGAAUAGCGGAAAUAAAAGCAGAAAUUGCUUUACUAGGCCGUAAUGGUGUAGGUCACGGACAGGUUGAUCCCUAUAAGACAUUGAUCAAGAGAACGUCCUCCGAUCAGAGGAUUGCUGAACUCAUGGCGCUCAUAGCCUUGUCACGUGGUGGAGGUGGUAUGAUAGGUCACGGUCGCAUUGACCCCAACUACGUUGGUAGAAAGAAAAGAGAUGUAUCCAGCAUACCAAAUUUCAGAGGACUAAAUGCACAGAGAAUAUUAAAUAAAAUUUUACGCCAAUCUCCGGAGAAAUUGUGAUGAAAUAGAAAUCAUCUAACCUCGGCCUAGGCUUCCGUCCAUCCUUAAACUGACUGCAAAAGACGCAAUUACCACACCAUCUAUAUUCUUCAGAGGACGACAACUGUAAUUUCUUCGUUAGGGAUGGGAAAUGAUUUUCUGACUUUCUGCCAUAUUUUUUUCAAAAAUGGGAACUCUUCAUGUUUUUGUCCGCGCUUCAAUAUUUGUGUCAAUAACAGAAUUUCUGUCUUUCUAUUGUCUUCAAACAAGAAUACCGCAACACAGAGAUUUUUAAAUAUAUUAUGGAAUCAACCAUAUAUAAGAACUUUUUUCCAAUUGAGUUUUCUUUAAAGUGGAACAUAACUACAUACUUUGCAAUUAUUCUAACAAUGGCGCAAAGCGACAGUGCUACUGCACAUUGAAAACAAAGCGUGACAUUUUGAUAUUGCCGAUGCUGCUUAAGUAUUUCGGUGAUGCUGAGAAGAAGUAUGAAAGCGGUAUCAUACGUUUUGUGUCGGGUAACAUUUCUUGGAAUGGGAGAAAUUAACCACAUUUCCUAUGAAGUACGCCUACCGUCGAAACACCUUGAACGAUUUUCGUAAUGACAAACUCUCUAUCAAACAUUUACCCGUGAUGUGAUCAAAUUUUCUACAAUGUACAUUAUACCAGACGUUUAACACUGAUAUGUUUACAAAUAUUCUACAGUGGACGUUAUAGCGAGUGAUGUUAAAUAUUUUACAAAUCUCUCCCCCUUCCCCCUAGUGAUCCAAAAUAUUCUGCAAUGCACUUUUGCCUUUAGUUUUGUUGAUUUUUUUUCCAUAAAUAUAUUGAACCCAAUAGUUUAACCUAAACAUUCUACACCACACCUUACCGCGAGUGAUUCAAAACAUUCUACACAUAUUAUAGUGCUAUCAUGUGGUCUUUCUGUAGGUGAAUGCUAGUAACACUAGGAAUGCAUGAUAUGAAAGUAUAUACUGCGAUUGUGUUUAUUUUAUGUGUCUCAGGAAAUCUAGCUGAGCUAGAUAUAUGUCUGUACGCCAAUUUAAUGUAUAUUUAUUAAAUAAUAUUUAUUUUUCACUUCUGUGCUUCACGCAAGCGCUCAUCUGUUCUCUCUUCAUGGCAUAUUCGAGUAUAAAAUAAUAAAAAAUUAACGUUUAUACUUUUAGAUUGUUUCAAGCAUCUGUUCACCUAUCUAACGUUAUUGGGGUCAUUUCAAAGAUUGACGGUUCGCUUUGACAGGAAAUAAAGCAAACGAGGCAACCA